AUGGCCACGGCCCUGGCCCCGGGCGCUGCCCACGCCGCAAACAGCACCACCAGCACAGGUCUCGGACCCAGCACCACCUCGCACUCCAACUCCAUCCGCCAACCCGCCCGCCAAACCCGCACAAACCCCAGCCGCACGUCCAAAACAGCCAGCCGCACCACCUUCGCCAGCCUGGGCCUCCACGGGAGCAGUGGCGUAUACGGGCUCGGUUCCGGCGUCGGUCUCGGCGGUGCUGGUGCUGGUGGUGCCGGAGGAGGCGCAAGGCGCGAAUCAGCUGCGCGCAACAUCCCGCACGGCCUCUACCCGGCUAUCACUCACUUCACGGACGCCAUUACGGCACUGCCCAAGGAGUUUCGGAGGCAUGCGUCGUUGCUGAAGGAGGUGGAUGGGAAGGCGUGGGCGUUGGAAGAGGCGUUGUCGAAACAGCUGGAUGCGGCAACGGCGUCGACGCCUUAUGCGAUGUUGAUGCAGGGGGGUAUACCGACGAAAGAACCGAUCAACUACGACUCGCCCGAGGCACUUGCCCGCAGGAAGAUUUUCUUUGACCUCCGCUCCACUCUCUCAGACCUUAUGAUUACUACCGAUGAGAAGAACCAUAGGCCCCGGCUAGGUAGCCUCACGCAUUGGGCAUAUUCGAACAAGACUAUCGCGAAGACCACGGGCAAUACAUCUGAGCGUCCCCGACGUGAAACUGCUGCUACCCGUGAUCAUAACCUUGCUGCGGCUCUCGAGGGCGAAGCUAGACGGGAGGGCGUUUCCCGAAAACAUAGGCGUACUUACGGUGAUGUGGAUGCUGAAGACGGGCGGAUUCCAUCUCGGAAAAGCACGGGCGGUAAAGGGAAAAGCAGUGAAACGCUGUCCAAUAUCCCAAUUGGUGCGGGUGGUGCUGCUGCGAGCUCUGCUGCUCCUGCCAAACGGAGGAGAGUCGAGAAACCUCAAACCAUAGCUUCUGCUACCGGCUCCGCAAUGGAGCGGUCGGCUAGCACGACUACGAAUGCAGGUACUGGGCGAGGUGCUGUGAAAGAUGUUUCUGCUACUGAUGGCGCGAAGAAGAGAGUACGAGCACCGAAUGCUAACCCGACUGGGAGGAAAAGAACAAACACAACGGCGUCCGCGACUGGAUCUCCAGCGCUACUCCCUUCUUCCGCUAUACUCCCCCUUAACACUUUGACAAAAGCUGCCAGCCCCGCUCCCAAUAUUAUUCCGGCAACACCAUCCUCCCGAUCGCAGCUAGCUAGUACCCAAGUAACCAAUGGUCGUCAGCGGCCUUCAUCAUCUGCGUCGAAUCGGGCGCCUAAUUCAAACCCCAAGCCCUCCACUUUAUCCAGGGAUACUGCUAUUACUAGAAUAGAGCCCACUUCUUCUACUCUAGCGGAAGUUAAUAAGGACGAGAAAGCGAGUCCUUCCAUCUCCACUACCCCGAGACCAGCGGAGCUCGUACCAAAACAGGAGGACACCGCUCCUGCUAGCUACAAUAACAUCAAUAACAGUAAUGCCAAUAGCGCAACCAAAGCAGAAGCUGGCUCUAGCUCUGAACCCCAACCAAAAGGCCGAUCAUCCAAAAAUUCGACUCCAGUGCUCUCCACUUUACCCGACCUAUCGCAACAACACUCGCAGCCACAACGGACCACGAGACCGCGCGGCGGUACUGUGACCGCGGCGGAUGGCGGAGGACCAGGUGGCCCUAGCACCUCCAGCAACACCGGUGCUGGUUCCGGCGCUGGCACCACCAAACGAUCACAUAAAAAGGGUGCAGGGCUUGCACCAGCCGCGCAGCAGCUUGUCGCUGCGGCCGCGACAGAAGACGAGGACUCUUCACGCCAAGGGGAUGAUGAAGAGGAAGAAGGAGAGCCGAGGUAUUGUUACUGUAAUCAAGUUAGUUUUGGGGAAAUGGUUGCGUGCGAUAAUGAAACGUGUCCGCGCGAGUGGUUUCAUUUGUCGUGUGUGGGCUUAUCGAGGGCGCCGCUAAAGAGCUCCAAAUGGUAUUGCAAUGAGUGCAAGGAUAACCUGAAAAAAGGGAAAUUGGGGAAUGGGAAAUAA